GGCGCCGCAUUACUUGACGUAACGUAAAUAUAACCUAUUUGAAAAAAUUGAAUAUCAUAAUUAAUUAUUAUAAUAGUGGGUUAUUCGCCAUUAAUCGUGAUAAACACCUAAUUUAAAUUACUACCGUUAGAAUCAUGGCUGAUGAUGGUGAAAAUGUAGCGGGAAUGACCGUUAAAGAGCCCUUGGAUUUAAUACGACUCAGCUUAGACGAGAGAAUAUACGUCAAGAUGCGAAACGAACGCGAACUGCGAGGCAAAUUACAUGCUUACGAUCAGCAUUUGAACAUGGUUCUAGGAGACGCAGAAGAAACCAUAACAACAGUUGAAAUUGAUGAGGAGACUUAUGAAGAAGUGUACAGGACAACUAAAAGAACCAUACCUAUGCUAUUUGUAAGAGGAGAUGGGGUCAUACUUGUGUCACCACCUGUACGAGUUGGUGUUUAGAAUAAUUUAGAUUGUAAGUUAUAAAUAAAACUAAGU